AUGACUAGCCUAUCGAGCUUCCGGGUGGUCUACAAGGUUGUGGACGAACAAGAGAUUGAUGCCGACGUCUAUUUGCCCUCCACAAAACAGAAGAGGCCAUCCCCAGCUCCGAUUUUAAUCGAUAUUCAUGGUGGAGCCUUUAUGCUCGGCUCGAGCAAAAUGGUGAAUAGAGAUCAGAUACAAGACUGUUUACAUCGAGGCUGGGUCGUAGUUGCCCCCAACCACCGGCUCUGUCCACAAGUGACUCUCCUUGGAGGACCGAUGCAAGAUUGUCGGGAUCUCCUAACGUGGAUUUAUAAGGGCGGUCUCGAACAGUUUAUCUCCAUAGAACAUCAACAGCUCCAGCUAGACCUGGAUCAUGUGUUUGCCUUUGGCACUUCCUCCGGAGGCACACUGGCAUUAAGCUUGGGGUUUGGGAUACCUCGACCGGUAGCUGGCAUCUUGAGCAUGUACGGACCGUGCAAGUUCAAGGAUGAUUUUUGGACUACGCAAUUGGCUCACAUAGCAGCAAAGCUGCCAAGUAAUCUCGAUAAAGAGUUUUUGGGUCGUGUCUUUAGUGAAUCACCAAUCCCUAUCACUAGCGGUGUCUCACUUGAAGGUCAAACACCUGGACCACCUGAUUUCACAGAUCCACGGCAGGCAUAUGCUCUGACGCGCAUCGCGAAAGGUCAAGUCCUGCAAGCGAUAAUACCGGAUGGUCAGUAUGACCAAGUUGACCCUGUGAGAAACAUCUCAAACACAUUUCCGCCAGUAUUCAUUGUGCAUGGCACAGCAGAUACAAUGGUGCCCAUUCACCUCAGCCGAGCGCUUUUCGAUGAGCUGAGAAAACACGAUGUCCAAUGUGGCAUGAUUGAGGUACCUGAUGAAGAGCAUACGUUCGCCGCGAAAAUGCAGAUUGGAUCAGAGACCUGGAAUCUGCAGAGACAAGGGUUUGAUUUCUUACAAUCUUUGAUAAGACGGACGCACGUUGAGAUGGUCUAA